UACUUUACGUCACGGUUACGUUUUCUUUGUACACGGAAGAAAAGAAACCAGAGAAAUCAGCGGAGGAGGAGGACAAGGAGAGCGUCUCUUCAAGUGCCUCUCCUCCAUCUAUGGUUGAUCUUAAGCAAUGCUCCAAAGAACAUGGGACAAGCUUUGUGUAUCUGCUCACGCAGUGUCAUCACAAUUGACAACAAGAGAUACUUCUUCAUCCAGAAACUAGAAGAAGGAGGUUUCAGCUAUGUUGAUCUGGUAGAGGGUGCACAAGAUGGACGCUUCUAUGCUCUGAAGCGAAUCCUUUGCCAUGACCGCGAGGCCCGUAAGGAGGCUCAGACCGAGGUGGAGAUGCACCGGCUCUUCAGCCACCCUAACAUCCUCAGCCUGACCUCACACACCUUCAUGGAUCGCGGCGGGAAGUGUGAGGCCUGGCUGUUGCUCCCGUACAUCAGUAAGGGAAGUCUGUGGUCCGUUCUUGAGAAGCUGCGGGAUAAGGGGAGCUCUAUGACUGAGACUCGCAUCUUGCACAUCCUGCAUGGCAUCUGUGAAGGCCUCAAAGCAAUUCAUGACAAAGGCUAUGCUCACAGAGAUUUGAAACCCACCAACGUUUUACUGGAUGAGAACGAUCAGCCUUUUUUAAUGGACUUGGGCUCCAUGAACAAGGCCAGGAUUGAAGUUCGAGGGUCACGUGAAGCCAUGACCAUCCAGGAUUGGGCUGCUCAGAGGUGCACCAUCUCAUACAGAGCACCAGAGCUCUUUAAUGUGGAGAGUCACUGUAUCAUUGAUGAGAGAACAGAUAUUUGGUCUCUAGGUUGUGUGCUGUACUGUAUGAUGAUGCUGGAGGGACCGUAUGACUUGAUAUUUCAGAAGGGUGACAGCGUGGCUCUCGCCGUCCAGAAUCCAGUCUUUAUUCCACAGCCUUGCAGUUAUUCUCAAGGCCUUCAAACCCUUCUCAGCUCCACUAUGGUGACCAAUCCUCAGGAAAGGCCCAUAAUCAGCUGGGUGCUUGACCAGGUCCAGAACCUUCGGGACUCAGACGGUACAGAUGUAGAUACCAACAGAGUAUGAUGCUUCCACUGAGAUCUCAUGCCUGUUUUCUAGUGGACUCUGGACUUUUUGGACUAUGCACUCUCUCUUUCGGACAAAAAUCACAAGCCUUGCAAACAUUUGCUCUCUCUUACCUCAGUGAGCUCAGCAUGCCAUGGUUACACACGCAUCUUUGUUGGUGAAUCUCAUAUUUCACCUGAAAAUCUAUAUUGAGCAAUGAAAUUAUCAGAUGAUAUUGGAGUGAAAUUUGAGCUGUUCCUGAU